UUCUUCUCGAUCCUUCCUCCCGAAAGCCCCCAAAGCCACCGACUCCUUCCUCCUUUGAAAACUCGGUGAGCUUGAUGAAAUUUUCUCCUUCUUUCUUGCUUAAUCACAAGAUUUGGGGGUUUAGAAUUCUCUCCCUCAACCCAGAAAUCCCGGAUCUGCUCUGCUUCUUCCUCCCUUGUCCGUCGGGUUCUGCUGGGUUUGAAUCCUUCGGCUUUUUCGGGUAAGCCACAGCCAUAAAAUUCAUCUUUCUCCCUUAGUUUGGGCUUGGGUUACUCUAAUUUCGUUAUUGGUUCUUGAAUUUCUGGAGUUUGCCGUGAGUUUCCCCCAUGGAUCCCGUUGGCUUCCUCACCAGCCAAGCUCGGGUUCUGCUGGCUGGAAUUCUGUAGGUGCUGUGUGGCUUAGAGCUAUGGGGUCAAAUUCCCGGUUUUAUGCCAGUGAGGUAGUAGGACCCGAGACACGGAAACCACGGGAAGUGACGAGAUAAAAGGCUAGCCAUUCCAAUUGGAUAUAAGUUUUAGAUUUUAUCAUCCUUUUGUAAGUUAGAUUUAUUCUUGAGAUUUGGGAUUGAACAAGUUCUGAGCCUUGUGCAUUUGUGGGAUCUGUCUCACGAGUGCACGGCGUCGCCUCGGAUUUGGGUUUUGGGGUGUGACAUGAACACUCACGAACAAACAUGGUUCCGCACCGACAGUGCCGUCUCCAAGGCCUAUGUCGCCGCUUCGAGAGCGCAGGUCCACCUUCCUUCCCCUAAUGCUAGUGUCCUCUCCAUUGUUAGGACAUUUGAAUUGCUUCCUCGACAUUACAAUCCCAACCCCAUCCUAGAAACACAAGCUCCUUUCCCAGCUGAUAGAUCCACCGGAUUCACCAACACUACAGCUUCGCCCUCCGCUAUUGAAAGCUGUAACGGGCUCUCCUCAUGGCUCCCCCUAGUUCCUCCACUCCUUCUGAACCCUGUCCAGUCCAUCUUGUCCCACAGCAGCCAUUAGUUGACACCUACACCAAAUUUCAAACAAAAAAAAAAAUUACAAAAUAAAACAAUGCCACUCUCAAAGAAGAGAGGAGCCGAAACCCUAAGCCUAGGAAAGCCUGCAGAUUAAACGUAUAACCUUAUCAUGUGUGGUCCAUUACCCUUUAAUUUACCUCCGGAAUGUUAAGAAAGAUUGUUUGGGUGUAUACAAAGAGACCUUCCAACAGGUAUGUGCAUCACUCGUUAAGAGCCACGUGCGGGCUGCUAGGUAGAUCGACAAAGCAGACGGACUCCUGGUUGCACCUAACGACCCGUUUUGAUCCUUUGGUGACCAAGUUAUAGCUCCCAGUAAUUUGGUACCGUGAAUUAGUAGUUGAAUGUAUAUUUAGGUGGAAAUUCCCUUUUUUUUUAAAAAAAAAACAAAAGGAAACGCAGGGGGCGGAAAAAAAACAAAAAGCAAAGAAAGAUAAUUUUUUUUGGUUAGAUGAUACAGUGCAAGACAAUUAUUUUUCAUCUCUACUUUUACUAACAAAUAUUAAUAGGGGGU